CCGCAGGCCGCCGCAGAGCCUGCUCUCGGAUCUCCGCCGGCCGGCAGGCAUCCAGGUGGGAGAAAGAGGAGGAGGAGGAGGAGGAGGAGAAGGCGGCAGCGGCGGCUGGCAAAGCCCCGCGCCGCGGCCGCUCAGCCGGCGCUACCUGCGCGGCCCGGCCUGAGCGGCGAGCCCGGUUCCGACAUGUCUGGCAAGAUCGAAAAAGCAGUAAAUAACCCUGAGACAAUAGUAAAUAUAACUCUACACCAGCAAAGCAGCAUUCAGAAGAGUUCAAACACAGGAAGAUGACUCUGUAGACACACACAAACACAGCAUGAUUCUGUAAACAGUAGAACAGAAAGGCCAAAAAUACCAUACCCCCAAAAAAAUCAUACUCUGUGCAACUUAGACCCAGCCUUGCAACACACUGAACUCCCAUUGAAGAACUCAAGACAUCAUGCAGGAUCCAUCUCCAGAUUCUGAGCGUUCCCAUCUCUCCUCGUUCACUAUGAAGUUGAAGGGCAAGUUUCAUUCACCAAAAAUAAAAAGAACCCCUUCCAAAAAAGGAAAACAAGCUGACCUGACAGUGAAAACACCAGAGAAGUCGGCAAACAAAAAUGUAUCCUGGCUAGAGGAAAAAGAGAAGGAGGUCGUCAGUGCUCUGCGCUACUUUAAGACUAUUGUGGACAAAAUGGCAGUUGAUAAGAAAGUAUUAGAGAUGCUGCCUGGCUCAGCAAGUAAAGUGCUGGAAGCCAUCCUGCCCUUGGUGCAAACUGAUCCACGCAUCCAGCAAAGCUCUGCCAUCUCAUCCUGCUAUAGCCGUGUGUACCAGAGUCUGGCCAAUCUCAUUCGCUGGUCUGAUCAAGUGAUGCUGGAAGGUGUGAAUUCAGAAGACAAGGAGAUGGUGACAACAGUGAAGGGUGUCAUAAAAGCUGUUCUGGAUGGAGUCAAGGAGUUGGUCAAACUCACGAUUGAAAAACAGGAGCAUCCUUCUCCCACAAGCCCAGUUAAACCCAGUUUACCAGCAUGUAAAUCUGACAGUCCAUCAGAACUUCCCCUUACAGACCGAGAAAUGGAGAUCCUCAACAAAACAACUAAUAUGGCUCAAUCCAAUGAGCUACUGACUGACUGUAUGGAUGAAGAAGUUGCACCUCCUAAACCCCCUCUACCUAGCAUUCGUGUGGCAGAAAACAGCCCUCCACCAGCAUUGCCCCCUAAGAAGCGGCAGUCGGCACCUUCCCCAACCAGAGUGGCUGUUGUGGCCCCCAUGAGUCGAGCCACCAGUGGGUCCAGUUUACCUGUUGGAAUCAACAGACAGGAUUUUGAUGUUGACUGCUACGCCCAGAGACGGUUGUCAGGUGGAAGCCACUCCUACGGGGGGGAAUCUCCUCGCCUCUCACCCUGCAGUAGCAUUGGCAAACUCAGCAAGUCUGAUGAGCAGCUCUCCUCUCUGGACCGUGACAGUGGUCAGUGCUCCCGCAACACAAGCUGUGAAACAUUGGAUCAAUCAGAUCACUAUGAUCCGGACUAUGAAUUUCUGCAACAGGACCUCUCCAAUGCUGAUCAGAUACCUCAGCAGGUGCCAGGUAUCCUCAGCCCAUUGCCAGAGUCAUUGGGUGAGUCUGGCUCCCCUUUCCAUGGACAUGCUUUCCAGCUCCCUCAGGGCAGCUCUCCUCCAUUGGAAUUCUGCAGCCUCUCGGGAGCCACACAGCCAACAGAGACUCCUCCAGCUUUACCAGAAAAGAAGAGAAGGAGUGCAGCCUCUCAGACUUCAGAUAACUCAGGCUGCAGGGUGUCCUAUGAGAGGCACCCUUCCCAAUAUGAUAACAUCUCAGAGGAUGACAUGCAGAAUGCAGUCUCUGUCCCAUCAGUACCCUUCACUCCGUUUGCUGCUGUUUUACCUUUCCAGCAAGGAAACUCUUCAGCACCAGUUGAAUUCAUUGCUGACUUUGCUGCUCCAGAUUCUAACAGUGACCCAGAAAAGCCACCACCUCUGCCGGAGAAGAAAAACAAACACAUGAUGGCAUAUAUGCAGUUUGUAGAAGACUACUCAGAGCCACAGCCAUCCAUGUUCUACCAGACCCCUCAGAAUGAGCACAUCUACCAGCAGAAGAACAAGCACCUCAUGGAAGUCUAUGGGUUCAACGACUCCUUCAUCAGCUUAGACCCCUCUCAAGAUCUGGCACCUCCUCCAGCUCUCCCACCGAAGCAGAGGCAGCUGCAGGCCUCCUAUGCUGCCUCUUCUUUCCCCUCUGUCUCCUACUGUGUCCAGCAAACUAAAGUGCCCUUCAGCCCCGAGGACAGCGGUGCCACUCAGGGCCUCACUAUGUCAGUCUCUAACUCCUUUCUCAACCGGCACAGCUCCUUCCCUGUGCAUUCGUACAAAUCUGUGUUUAGGUCCUACUCCCAGGAUUUUGUGCCUCACAACCAAGUCUCCAUACCUCCUUUCCUCUCUUCUACCUCCUCCUCCUGCUCCACCUCACCUUUUCCACCUGUCCAUCCAUCUCAGAGCUCUGACCUGGCAGUGCCCGCCGCUGCAGCCAGCCAGUCACCCAGCACUGUGGAUGUGCCAAACUCCUCUUCUCAGGAGAGCAGCUUUAAUGGGAAUGCUCCUGUCUGCCUUCCUUCUGAAACCUCUCUCACUGAUUCUCUCCAGACGCCUUCGAGCGAAAACGCCAGUGAGGAGGCUGGUGAGGGUGAAUAUGUCAAUCUGUAUUCCUCUGGCCAGAGCAACGGGGAACUCCCUGGCUCUGAAGGAGAAUCUCCAUCUGUCAAAGACAGCCACUCCAAAGACUCCACUCCCAACAGCAGUCCCAUGGGGAAGGAAGGCAAAGAUGGUGUGGAAAGGCAGCAGCAGUCAUCUGAUGGUUUGGAAUCAUCACAGUUGGAGGAAGAAGUAGAUGAGCUAUCCCUUAUUGACCACAGUGAAAUUAUGGCUAGGUUGACACUGAAGCAAGAGGGAGAUGAUGGGCCAGAUGUUCGUGGUGGAUCUGGAGACAUCUUGUUAGUGCAUGCAACAGAGACCGACAGGAAAGAUCUUGUGCUGUACUGUGAAGCCUUUCUGACUACAUACAGGACAUUUAUCACCCCUGAAGAGCUCAUCAAGAAGCUGCAGUACAGAUAUGAGAAGUUUUGCCACUUCCCAGACACCUUUAAGAAGCGAGUCAGUAAGAACACCUUCUUCGUGCUGGUGAGAGUGGUGGAUGAGCUGUGCUUAGUGGAGUUGACAGAGGAAAUUCUCAAGCUACUGAUGGACUUGGUCUUCCGACUGGUCUGCAAUGGGGAGCUGAGCCUUGCCAGGGUGCUACGGAAAAACAUCCUUGAUAAAGUGGAUCAGAAGAAAAUGCUGAGCUACGCCAAUUCCAUCAAACCUCUUGCAGCCCGGGGGGUGGCAGCCAGGCCAGGUACCCUGCAUGAUUUCCACAGCCAUGAAAUAGCUGAGCAGCUGACCCUCCUGGAUGCUGAACUCUUCUAUAAAAUUGAGAUCCCAGAAGUUCUGCUUUGGGCAAAGGAGCAAAAUGAAGAGAAAAGCCCCAACCUGACACAAUUCACAGAGCACUUUAAUAACAUGUCCUACUGGGUCCGUUCAAUAAUUAUGCUACAAGAGAAAGCCCAAGACCGAGAGAGGCUUCUCCUUAAAUUCAUAAAGAUUAUGAAGCACUUGCGAAAGCUCAAUAAUUUUAAUUCCUAUCUGGCCAUUCUUUCUGCACUGGAUUCUGCACCCAUCCGAAGGCUGGAAUGGCAGAAACAAACCUCAGAGGGCCUGGCUGAGUACUGCACCCUGAUUGACAGCUCCUCAUCCUUCCGCGCCUACCGAGCAGCUCUGGCCGAUGUGGAUCCUCCCUGCAUACCUUACCUAGGCCUGAUCCUGCAGGACCUGACCUUUGUUCAUCUGGGAAACCCUGAUUACAUUGACAGCAAAGUCAACUUUUCCAAGCGCUGGCAGCAGUUUAACAUCCUGGACAGCAUGAGGUGCUUCCAACAAGUACAUUACGACAUCAAAAGAAACGAUGACAUUGUGUCAUUCUUUAAUGACUUCAGCGACCACCUGGCUGAGGAGGCCCUGUGGGAACUGUCCCUCAAAAUCAAACCUCGGAACAUUACAAGGCGGAAAACAGACCGAGAAGAGAAAACCUAGGAGGAGAGGUUGUGCAAGAGAGGAGAAUUGCUCUGCAGAGGCACCGAGGCAGCUGUCAGACUGGAGUUCAAUGUUUGUACCUGCUACUGGAUGAUUCACCCUCCCUCCCAGCUGCCAGCGAGCCCUUGGGGGGGGUGAACGUCGGAGCGGCCAAGUGGUGACCGCGUGUGUUGGCCGUGGAGGGCGCAGAGCAGCCGAUGCCCACCACGCUUGCCCUCCUUCUCCUCCCCUUCCUCUGUCAUGAAGCAGCUUUAAAUCUGGGGAGAAAGAGCUGUGUGGAAGGAGGGUCCCAUGCAAGCUUGGGGUUGCUGGCCGAUUGCAUCUGGUAAUGCUCAGGCUGUUGUUUUCAUCCACAAAGGAGGGGGCAGCAAGAGCUCAGCACCCACAAACUUGUCUCCGGAGCGGCGUUGAGCAGGCAGCAGCCAUGGAAGCCAAGGCUUUGAGUCUCCCCUGCAAUGUCACCUGGAAACAUGUUCGUCCCCAGGAGAUGAGGAUGGAGGAGUCUCCUGCUGCCUGCCAGAGGAGCUCUGCUUACAGAGAGCUGGUUGUGUUUACAGGGGUCUUCGGUUUACCCCAGAUCUCUGGCACCUUCUUCAUGGGAGGGAGGCACCAGUCGUAGAUAUGGAAGAGGCACUGAAAAUGUGGGCAGGAACCUGCCAUCUCCAGUCAUCCUACCCCCCUCCUCCUCCCAGAUCCUGUUAUUUAAGCAACAGUAAUCCCUCCAAACCAGGAAACAUUGACUACUCAAGGUACUGUGGUUCACUUGUCCUGUGAACCCAUAUCUUUUAGUGAUGGUACUAGCUUUUGCACAGUAAAUGCUGUAGUAUACAAGACUGUAAAUACUAGUAUUUAGAAUCCAUUGGAGAAUUUUUUUGAUGCAUGUCUGGAUACCGAUGUGUUUAUAAGAAAAAAAAACAAAACAAAAACGUGCAAAACAGUAUGUAUAAAAUUCACAACCCGUGACAAUGUUGUUCCACGUGCUGGAAGAAAGGAGGUUCAAGGUGGCUGUGUGGGCACUGGCUGUGGAGCAGGUGCAGGAGCCAAAGGAGCCAGCGGAGCCAGCAGGUCCAUUUCUGGGGUUGGACAUGGGUAGGUACCAUGUGCCCAACUGAGCCACCUCGUCCCCUCCACCCUGCUCUUCUUUCCUCUCACUGUUGCCAAAUGUUCUUUUCAGGGGGUCCCCAUCUGGCUGACCCUUGGUGCUGUGCUUUGUGACCCAUGGUUUGGCAGAAGCCCCAGCAAGUCUCUGUCCCCAGACCCAUCAUGCCAGAGCCAGCUGGGCAGGGGCAGCCUAGCCUGGAAGAGUGAGGGGGGGGAGGUCUCAUUUCCCACACACACAGCAUUACCCCCAAACUGUUCAGUGUGCCUUAUUCAGCUCCUCUGUCCCCUAUCCAUGUCUUUCCCCCUUGGGUGUUCUCGCCAGCCCAGCCCCAGCUGAGCUAUUCCACAUUUCUCCUCUGUGUCCUCUGAGGGUUUACAGUGUGGGCCGUGGGUUCGAGGAGCCUUGCGAGGCCUUUCCCAGCACCACGUUGUGUGGUCAGAGGUUUUUACAGGGUUCUGUCAAACAAACCGUGCAGGUUUAGGGCAGCAGCUGGCAAGGAAUACAGGUAGGGUGUUUUGCAGAGCAUCCUUAACUUAUUUCUCAAUAGCAGCUCUGUGUUUGCUACAGCCUCUGUUUGUUCUAGGCGAAUCAGAGUUGCAAGCAUUUCCUUCUCCAAACAGAUGGCAAAGUCUUAGCCAGCUCCCUGCAGAUGGCAGCAGGAGGGGAUGGCAGCAGUGUUGCCCCUUAUUGUCCUGAAGAUUUAGGCACAGGACUCAUGCAGCAGCCAAAUGCUGAAGUGGAGAGAGACGCUCCCUGCCCAUAAGAGCAUCUUCAGGGGGAGGAGAAUGUGGGGUCCAACACUGGUUUGUGCAGCCCCAGAGUGGGGAUCCUCCUGUGCUGAAAUGUGCAGUAUCUGAACCAAAAUGUUUCAGAAGCAGUUUAUUUCUGUGACACUGAGGGUGCUGGAGCCAUGUGUCACAUCUGGCUGAGGCUUUGCAAUCCCCAGCCUUCCACGCAGGAAGUAAUGCUUGUGUUUCCCUUUGUAAAUAAGAUCUUGGGAAAAAAAAAACAAAAACAAUUCAACCAACCAACCGAAAAACUUGACAUGGUGACACUGAAAAGGCAAAUGUACCCCAUGGCUGGCACAGGCUUCCCCCUGGCAGGCCCCGAGCAUCUCCCUGGGAUGCUGUGCUGUGGCAGUCUCCUUGCAGUGUCGUGUGUGAUGGGGAUGCGUGUGGGGACAGGAGUUCUGUGUGGCUGCAGCAUCUUGUCCAGCUUGGGGGGAACCAAGCCCCCCCAGUUUUCCUACCCCCUUCUCUCCUUUGCUCUGCAGUCAUCCCCAGCUGCCUGGGGUGUCCCCACCACAGCUCCCUGCUUGUGUCCCCCUGCUCAAGGCUCCAGGGCUGGAGGGACCCUUCAGAAGGGUUUCUUUGACCAGAGCAGCUCCAGGUUUGCUGGCCAGAGCCCCCUGCUCACCAGGAGCAGCACCCCUGGGUAGCAGAAGCCCAAAAGAGCAGCAGGACUGCCCAUGGGGGUGCUUGUGUGUCAUGCAGGCAGUGUCACUGGGGCCAUCACCUCUUUUGGGGAGGAGAGCGGGGACCUCACAGUCCUUGGUGUGGGGCAGGGAGGGGGGAGAAGCAAUGUCCCCAGGCACCAGCCCCUUGCUCCCUCCAGGAGCUUUCCACAACCCACAGCUGUGCAGUUGUAUUAUAUAUUCACCAUUAACCCAGUCCUGAUGAUGGCAUCUUCCUGCAGACAUUUCAGACCUGUAACUUUUAUAUUAAAAACAAAUAAACACCAAUAACAAACCUGCCUGAUGAUCCUGUUUACAGUGCAUGCAGCAGUCUGUGGAUUAAAGUGACAAUCGAAUCCAC